AUGGGUAUGCAGGAGAAGAUGGAAAUAAUGGACCAGUUGACGGAUCGGACAGGCAUUUCGUUGUCCCAGUUUUGCUCUCCACUUGAGAUAUUUGUGCGAGCAGUGGUGGGAAGUUCGACGAGUAAGAAAGUUGUUUCUUCGAAUGAAAGAAUAUACAUUCUAAACAACGUGGAUGAAGAGAUAGCUCUCAGCGACAGUCAAGCCAGUAGGAAACAGGGACAAGAAGCACAAACUCAACUUCAAUUUCUCCAAACACCGUGGGAGAAGUAA